UUGUGAAUUUAUUUUUUCAUAACAAAAAUUAAAAAUAAAACACCUUGAAUUCCAUUUUACUUAAAUGUUUAUUGCAAACGUAAUAUUUAGUUUAUAUAAUCGUGUAAUUAUAAUAUAAAGUACUUAAAGAGAAAAGUUUUACUGAAUUGGGGGCACUUAACUCUAAAACGUGUUAACUUAACUCCUUAAAAACAAAGAAAAUUACACUAAAAUGGAUAUUUUAACUAAAACUGUAUCAGAAAAAUUCAAUUCGAACGUUAUUUCGGACAUAGUUAACAAAAAGAGUAAAUUCACAAAUCCAAUUGUUAAAAACAUCUCUUUUGGGGCUCCCACAACAAAAGGAGAAUCUUAUUUAAGUCUUGUGACCAGAUUUUCCAUUGAAAUAUGUGAAGCUGGAUCUGACAAAGAAACUGAAACAAUCCCAAUCAUCGUAAAAUCAUUUCCAAGCAAUUUAGCUCGAAAAGAAACAUUCCGUUCAGUUGACUUCUUUGAAAACGAAAUUCUAUUUUACAAUAAAGUUUGGCCAUGUUUAGAUGCAUUCCAAAAAUCGAAAAAUGUUAAAAAUCCUUUAGAUAUUGUUCCAGAGUAUGUUCAUAAAUUCAUUUAUUUCGCAUUUAAAUAUUUUUCUCAUUUUAGGUGCCUUUCAGCAUUUACGGAUGGAAAAAACGAUUUUAUUGCAUUAACAGAUUUGUGUUAUUCAAAAUAUGGUGGAUUACCAAGAAACACCAGUUUAAAUUUUGAGCAAACCAUCGAAAUUAUUCGAACAUUUGGGAAAUUUCAUGCCAUCUCACUAGCUUUAAAUGAUCAAAAACCUGAUGAGUUUCAAAAAAUCAUUUCAACUUUACAAGAAACUUAUUUUGAUGAAAAAUUUAGAUCUUGGUACACACCAGUGAUGAAUAAACUUCUUCCUGUUUUAAAGAGUUAUUUAUGUCAAAACUGACUUUGACAUAUUAUAUAUUACAGGGAACUGUACUUAAAUUAUAAAUUAUAAAAUUUUAUUUUAAAA